ACAAAAGAUCUGCGCAUGCGCAGAAAAGGUUCUUCGAGACCACGUGAAGGAUUUUUACAGAAAGACGCCACAAAGAGGGGCAAGAUGCAAAUUUUUGUAAAGACCCUUACCGGGAAAACCAUCACACUAGAAGUCGAACCUAGUGAUACUAUUGAGAAUGUGAAAGCCAAGAUUCAAGACAAAGAAGGCAUCCCACCUGAUCAGCAGAGGUUGAUAUUUGCUGGGAAGCAGCUUGAAGAUGGCCGCACUCUCUCUGACUACAACAUACAGAAGGAGUCCACGCUUCAUCUUGUCCUCAGAUUGAGAGGCGGCGGAAAGAAGCGAAAGAAGAAGAACUACACGACUCCAAAAAAGAUCAAGCACAAGAAGAAGAAGGUCAAACUUGCCGUCCUCAAAUAUUACAAGGUUGAUGAUUCUGGCAAGAUCCAGCGAUUAAGAAGGGAGUGCCCUAGUCCAGAGUGUGGCGCUGGUAUAUUUAUGGCGGCUCAUUUCAAUCGGCAGUAUUGUGGAAAGUGUGGCCUGACAUAUAUGAUUAGAAAUGAAACAGAAUAGGGUUGUAUCUUUUCGAAUUUAUUAAGAAAAAUAAUUAUUAUUGACUUGACAUUGCAUCUGUCUAAAUAUUUUACAUCUAAUGAUAUAAUGCAGUUGAUUGUUUGAUAUUAAGGUAUUUGAUGACA